AAUUCCCAGUCUGCCACUGGAUUGUGAUUUCCAAGCCUAAUGACUGGAGAGAGAGAGUAGGUGUGGCUGCAGGGUAUGGAGCAGUGUGGCGGGAUUGUGGUAGGACUGUGGCGAGAGGAUAGGAGGUGAAGAGAUGACUAGGAGUGUGUAAGCGGCGGCCCCUCUGCUGGUGGACGUGGAGGCAAGUUGGAUGAGCUUGGUGGAUGGCUCACCUGUGACUGUCACUCUCCCGUUGAUGGGCUGUCAAGACAACGAGAGUCACCCGUGUCAGUCUUUGUAUGGUGGAGAUAGAGUGUGUGUUCUAGUUGCCGAAAUAGUGUUGCUGCUUGUGUGCCAGGGGAAAAUUGGACUUCAGGUCAGUGUUGAGUAGGGUGUGGGCCUGCAGUGCAUGAAGACGAGUUGUCAUGCUCCAGGAAGCCAGACUGAUGCGGGUCAACUCCAGAGAUGGAAUAGCAAGUAGGGAGGAGGUGGGAUGGUGGUAGACUGGAACCACCUGUACUGAUGACACAUAACUUAUCUCUUGUGGUGAUGUGGGUGUUGGGGGAUACUCCACUCUCCACCUCGAGGGCUGAGAGGACAUGGGGUGGAAUGAGGGUUUGAGGGUCAGUCCAGGCCACAGCAGGCUGCAGCUGUUUUUUAUUUUAUUUUUUAAUUUGUAAGGGGGGACACUGGCCAAGGACAACAAAUAUUCAAUAAAAAAAAUAAAAAAAAAGCUCACUGAAAUGCCAGUCUCAGAAAAGGGUCCAAAGCGGUAGUCAAAAAUUGAAGGAUAAGUGUCUUGAAACCUCCCUCUUGAAGAAAUUCAAGUCAAAGGAAGAGGAAAUACAGAAGCAGCUUGAGAGCCUGUGAUGCAAGAAAACAGCAGUGGAGGGUUUGAGGUUGUAGACAAGAUGGCCACUGUACCAGAUCCAUCAGCACCAAGCAGUUCAGUGCUGACCAAUGUGGCACCUCCAUCAGCACUUCCCUCCUUUUUAACCUCUCCACUCCCAUCUGCCACUCCUCCUGCUUCCUCUGUCCCCCCAGAAUCAUUUCCCCAAAGUUCUUUCAUUGCUCCCUCUCCUGGAAAAUCUGUUCCUCUUCCUCCUAGUGCAUCAGUUUCUCACCCUCAUGGUCCAUCUAUUCCUUUCACUUCUCCUGCCUCUCCCACUACUAACUCAGCAAUUCCUGCCCCAAGAAGUCCCUCUGUCCCUCUGUCUGGCAGUUCUGCUGUUUCCCAUCCUGAAAUGGCCUUUCCUUAUUCAGCUAAUCCUGGCAUUGGCAUUUCACCUCCAGGGAAAGAACCCUCAAGCAGUACUUUUGUGCCUUCAGAAGUCUCUCCUUUUCCUGCUCCUCCUCCCAUGUCAUUACAAAGCCACUCUGCAGAGCCCACCAUGGAAUCACAGUCAGCUCAGGUACCUCAGCCAAUCAACAUGUCAAGUCCUGUCACCAGUCAGCCACAGCCCCCAAACAGCAGUGCUGGUAGUGCAGAUGCCACUGCUUCUGUUGACCUUGGUUCACCUGGUGUGGUGGCAUCUGCUAAGAAAGAGGAAGGUCGUGGCUGGUUUGGCUGGAUUCGUGGCACCGUAUCCAAUGUGGGGCAUCGUGUAGCAGAGCGAGCCAAGACUUCCAUGGACUCAAUGAUUACUACCCUCGAUCCCCAGAUGAAGGAAUUUUUACAUUCUGGUGGAGACAUGGAUAUUAUUGUUGCAUCUGACAAAGAAGUCAAAGUUGGUGCAAUCAGGGAAGCCUUCCAGAUGAGUUUUGGAAAAGCCACAGUAUGUGGCAUGAAGGCCGAGGCACAAGGAAUAGCAGCUCAGCCAGUUGGAUUUGAAGCAGCACUCAGCUCUGCCGAGGGGAGGAUCAAUUACCUCAGAUCCACAGGACAGAUCCAUCCUCAACAUCCCAUUGUUGCUGUGGAAAACUUCAUUGUGGAAUUGCACUCUGACUGUUGGUUUGACCUUGGCUUGCUGCUUCUGGAUGAUCCCGGAGAAGAUGUCCUUCUGCAGACUUACACACAAGUCACCCCAGUGCCACCAGACUUUGUGAACCAGGCCCGCAUUGCCACUCCAGAGGAUUAUCCUCUCAAGGAGUCAGGGUUUGCGGUCACUAUUGGUCAGAUUGCCAGUCAGAACCUUCAGGUGCAUCACAGCAUGUGGCAGGAAGCUCUCACUGGAGUGUCAAGAAGGGAGGCAUUGGUGCUUGCUGGACGCACCUUGGCAGGUCUUUACAGGUCUCGUUUGCCUACUUACCACUAGCAUGCAGAAGCUGAAGCUGUAGAAAGGAGAAUGAUUCAGAGAGAUAAGAAAGGAAAGGAAACUUCUCACUUAUGACUGUAUUUGAGAUAGGCUUUAUGCCAAGAUACUUAAUCCACUAUGACAUGGAUUAGAAUGUGGAAUGUUUUUUAUAGUUUGUAUUACUUUUAUAGCUAUAAGAAAAAUUUAAGAUAUUUAUAAAUAUAUAUAAAACAUUUUUUAGAUAAGGUAGCUAAUACUGGGAUGUAUAUUGAAAAAGUCUGGUUCUGGUAAAGAAAAGAGUAAAAUAAGCAUGUAGAAUGGGAGCUUACAGUCAGUGACAUACGUGAUUAGAACUCAUAAAGGAAACUUACUUUAGUGGCUGUUCAUUGCACGAACUGGCAAUUUGCUCCUUGUUCUGAAAAAAUCUGCUGGGUGAAAAUAACUGGAUGGCAACUUAUGUUAGCCACUCGUGUUUUUGAAAGCAUAGCAUAACAGAUUUGGUGUUUGAUGUUAUUUGACAACACCUUACAUGCUAGUAAAAGACAGUUAAGGGUAUAUUUGCAUCUUACAGCAAAAUAACUGAAAAAAAAAAAACAUUUUGGGUUGGCCCACCACCAUAUGGCAAGGCACAUCCUUGUGUUUCUCAUCAUUCCAUUUCUUCACCAAUGCACUCACAGUCUUUUCAGUGCAGUAGUUAUGCGGCUUAUUUUUUCUAUUCGUUUCACCAUUCUAGUGAAACUCUGACACUCAUAAUGUGUAACUGGCCUGUAUAUUUUCCAGGCCUCACACAUCACCUCAGUAAAACACUGUUUAAAACAAACACAGUCAUUCUGUUAGCUGAGGCAAAGAACAGCCACUAAAGAUAAGUUUCCUUUAUGUCAAUAUGUCAAACACUGAAUUUUAUAUUCAAUGCUUUCAAAAACAUAUGAGGGGCUGACUUAAUUUGCCAUGUAGUUAUUUUCUCCUGACAGAUUUUUUCAAACCAUGGAGGAGCGAGUUGGCAGUUUGUGCAAUGUGAUGCUCACGUCAGUGGGAGUUCUAAUCACGUAUGUUGCUGACUGUAGAUAACAAUUUAAUGAUUAUUUUAUGUAUCAAAACUUUAUGCAGGUUUCUGGACUAAAUGAUAAUUUUGGAAACUGAUUGUAAUACACCAUAAAAUAAUGUAAGAAGAAAUCUGCAAGCAAAGUGUGCCUGUGUCAUUGUGCUGAGUUGCAAACUUUUAGACAACACCUGUGUUAAAGGUGGCUAUGAAGUAUCCCAUCCUUGCCUCAUCCAAGACUAAUAUUGUUAUGUAAGUGUACACAUAAAAGAAUGAAAUCAAGACUUGUUGAAACUACCUGAAUGGAUGCUCUUAUGUUGCAAGGCAUAUCACAUGGAAAAGUCAGUGUUGUGCUACAUAGUUAUAUUAACACUGCAUAGUUUUAUUAAUAUAAUAUAUAUAUAAAUAUGAUAUAUAUUUUGAAAAUGCCCACAUAUCUUUAUAAAAAUGCUGUGGUGAUGUAAAUGUUUUGGAUUCUCAAUGGAGAAGAUUGUAUGCAGUGUAGUGGUGCAGAUAAAGUCUCCUUGCUUAUAGAAAGUGCACACACACACACACACACACACACACACACACACACACACACACACACACACACACACACACACACACACACACACACACACAUGAAA